CAGCUAAGUGAUGGUAUGAACAACGUUUCCUUGAACUCCACAACGUCGAGAUGCCAGCGCCAUCACAACCUCAACCGCCGCUCAUUCCUUUCUCUCAAGCUUCCCAGCUCUUAGACUCAUUCUCACAAUUUCUUACCGUGGCAAUCCACAAUAUCCUCUUCUACCGUUCUCUAUACCCCUCACAAACCUUCCUCACAACUCGUGCCUACAACUUGCCUGUGCACCAAUCCCGGCACCCACAAGUAUGUUCUUGGAUUCGCGAUGCAGUCGAUGCAGUAAAGGGACAACUUGUUCUGGGCGCAGUGGACCGCAUUGCCACGGUAAUUGUUGACGCCGAGUCUAGAGCCAUGGAAAGAUGGAUGAUCGAUGUUGGUGGGUUCCCCGCAUGGAAGGGUCUCAAGGAGGGAAAAGCAAAGGGCUUGGCUCGUCGAGACGAGGAUGACGGUCGGGAAGGGGCAGAAGUUGGUGGAGACAAGGUGAAUUGGACGAAUGUGGACGAGCAGUUUCGUGCUGGGAUCCGCAGGAUGGCCUAUGCGGCUGAGAAGAUGGCUUCAUUACCCGAAGGCUGUUCGUUCACAAUCGCUGUGGAGUUGAGAGAUGAGGGCGAAGCACCUAUAGGGCACCCUCAGCACUGGAUGCCAUCAGAGCCCAACCUACAAAUCCAGUCCAAAGAUCAUGGCGAAGCUGGGAAAGACGUCGGUGGAGCCAAGACGACACCGCUGCGAGCUAUUGAAGCUGGGCCGUUGUUCUUCGAGUGCUGGGUCGAAGAGGGCAAGGCUAAGCUGGAAGCAACUUCAAGCAUUUCAUCGAAUAAUGACGUCUGACUACCAGAGCGUUCCUGUUCUCUGCCGCAGAAACAAAUUGACUGUGUACGAUGCCAAUAUAACCACUUAUAGUUGCGUAUCUCGAAAUCACAACCCAUCUGCGUUGGGACAAAUUUCAAGAAUGCCAGUCUGUGGCCUCCUUCCCCACCCAUGAUCCUGAAUGUAGUUGCGCGCGUAAAGACCACGACAGGUCGGCUGAGAGC